UCAGAAUCCAACUAAUAAAUACGUAAAAAUUGUAAUUUUCAAACUGGGGGAGAAACAAAAGAGACAGACAAGAACCGGGAUCUCACACAACAACAACUAUUACAAAUUCAGUUAAAUAAAUAUUUAUAAUUUUUUCACACACAAAUCUCUCUGUUCUCUCCCCGAUCAGAUCAGGGGCCUUAACCACCUUUGUCUAAAAUUAUUUUCUGCGCGAGCCGUUUUUUUUUUUGUUUCAUUUUUUUGACUGCAAAUCUAUCUUAUUCCUAUUGUAAUUUCUAGGGUUUUAUUUCAUUAUAUUGUUUUAUUUUUUUUAAUUUCGUUCGAUUCCUUCUUAUCAUAUUUUGAGCUGUUAUAUCUUUCUUCUGGAUCAAAUGGCGUCGGCUCAGGUGCUGCCGACAUCGCGUAAACAAGAGCAUUUGGAAGCCGGGAAGCGGAAGCUAGAGGAGUUCCGUAAGAAAAAGGCAGCAGAACGAGCCAAGAAAACUGUUUCUGUUUACCAACCUCUUGCUUCUGAUGUUGGCCAACAAGAAAAUUGUCACUUAGAAGCUGAUAAUGUACGAGUCACAGAUUCUUAUGGAGCUGGUACAUCUUAUGGACCUGAUAAAGCUACCACCAGACCUUCUCCUGUAAUGAAUAACAAAGACAACAAAGCUAUUGAAGUAGCUCCGCAAAGUCAACUUGGAUCUUUGAAUGAUGCACAUGACAAUUUUUCUUUUUCAGCCAAUGAUUUUAAAUCUUCUUCUGCUGAUCUAGCACACACGUAUUCAGACAAUCAAAAAGUUAAAAUAGAUGCUUCUUCAGAGUCUGCUGAAUCAACAAGUGUUAAUAAUAACCCGAAUUUUGCUCUACGUCUACAGCAUCAAGAAAGUCUAGAUCAUGGCAGUAGUUUUAUUAAAUCCAAUUUUGUAGGAAAAGAAGAAAUGCAAUUAAAAGAAAGUGAAAGUUCUUUGAAGAUCUCUUCAGCUGUCAAUUCUAUUUUUUCCCAUGAUUUUGCCACUGAAAUGAAUCCUCAGAAUAUUGUCACCACACUUGGUAAUGGCCACACAUUGCAAUCUUCUUUUGAAGACUCUACUCAACCUACCAACAGCCUGAGAGGGUCUGCCCUUGAAGUUGGGAAAACGUUGCAGGGUGAUUCACUGUUUAGUAAUCCUUCGAUCUUUGAUAUGGGAGAAAAAAAGAUCAGUACAUCUACCAGUACUUUGCCUAUUGGGCACAGUGUGCCAUUUAGAACAUCUGAAUCUUCAAGUUACAGUUCUAAUAUCAGAAAUUUCUCCGAUCACGUGCCCAUGUAUUCUGGCACAAAUGAAUUUACUACAAAAUCUCGUCCAUCUUUCCUUGAUUCUCUUAAUGUUGCAAGAUCUUCAUCAGGGACACUUUUUCAACGAACUGAACCAGAAAAGCAUUCAUUUUGGUCUAAUGGUUCACCAUUAAACAACACAGAUGUUCUGGGAUCAUCUGUUGUCCAGAAGCCCUCAAUGAAGAUUGAAACUAGUGGACCUUUUUCAAAGUCAAUUGUCCCUAAUGUAUCAGGUGCAUUUGAUUAUCUAAGCAAUUCUUCAGUUUCUGCUAGUAAUGGAGCAGAUAUGUCAAGGCUGCAUAGUAAUGGAAGCAGCAUGGAAAUGAGAGAUGGAUUCUAUUCAUCCAAACAGAAUGAAGAUUUUGCUUCACUGGAGCAGCAUAUAGAAGAUUUGACACAAGAAAAGUUUUCUCUGCAACGAUCUCUUGAGGCUUCACGAGCUUUAGCAGAAUCCUUAGCUAGUGAAAAUUCAUCGCUGACUGAUACUUAUAAUCAACAGAGAAGUGUUGUCAACCAACUUAAAUUUGACAUGGAGCAGUUGCAGGAAGAGAUCAAGGCCCAACUGGUUGAACUUGAGUCUGUCAAAAAAGAAUAUGCAAAUGCUCGACUAGAACGUAAUGCAGCAGACGAGCGUGCCAAUAUAUUGGCUUCUGAAGUAAUUGGUUUGGAAGAAAAGGCACUCCGACUCCGGUCAAGUGAGCUAAAGCUGGAGAGGCAGUUGGAGAACUCACAAUCUGAAAUCUCUUCACACAAAAGGAAAAUGUCUAGCCUGGAGAAAGAGCGGCAGGAUUUGCAGUCAACUAUUGAUGCUUUUCAAGAGGAGAAGAAGUUGUUGCAAUCUAAGCUUCGGAAAGCUUCUAGUAGUGGGAAAUCUAUUGAUCUUAAUAAGAAUUCUACCAGUAGGAAAGAUAUAUCAACUUCCACUGAAGAUCUAGAUACCGCUGUGGACCACUCCAAAUGGGAGAUGCAUGAUGCUGUUUCUCAUACUGGAACUGGUAUGUCCAGUUCAUUGUUGCUACCUGAAAAUGGGCAAUUAGAACUUGAAGUUUUAGCUGUCAAUAUUCCAUCUGAUCAGAUGAGAAUGAUACAGAAUAUCAAUGCACUAAUUUCUGAGUUAGUGUUGGAGAAGGAAGAGUUGAUGCAAGCUUUAUCAUCUGAGUUAUCUCAAAGUUCUAAGUUGAAGGAUUUGAAUGAGGAGUUGUCUCGAAAACUUGAAGCUCAAACUCAAAGACUAGAGCUUCUGACUGCUCAAAGUAUGACCAAUGCGAAUACUUCUAUCAGACAACCUGAGUCUCACAUUGUGCAUGACAAUACUCCUUAUGCAGAUGAGGGAGAUGAGGUUGUAGAAAGGGUCUUGGGAUGGAUUAUGAAGCUCUUCCCUGGUGGACCAUCAAGACGAAGAACCAGCAAGCUUCUUUGAUACGUGUCCAGAUAGUUUGUCAACUCUUGCCUCUAGUUCUCAUUACCCUACCAUGUUUUGGCAAUUCGAAGGAGGCCGUAAUUUGUAAAAAGUGAGUAGUUUAUACAACCAAAUUCUUUUUUUUCUAAAAUGGAAGAAAAGUGAGCUUGUCUUGAUAGGGCUUCCCAUUGAUUUGAAAUUCCUGUUGUCAUUACUUUUUCAAGAAAACAAUAAAGACAGUCCCUUGUGGCCAAGAACGUGUCAUGUUUUAAAUUUUAAAGGGAACUUUGUCAGAUGUGUAGAGAAAAAUCAGCUGGUGGUAUAGAGACACAGAUAGAUUGUAGUGUGCAUUUGUUUCUUUGCCCAAAUUUUUGUUGUCGAACUUUAGGGCUUAAGCCCUUGAAAUUUGAAGAAUGAUUUUUGCAUUUCAA